AUGGACCGCUCCGCAGCUCCUCGCCGGCAAUCCCGUCUUCUCCGGCGAAUCGACCACGCCGGCAACCCCGCAACUGCUCCGGCCUAUGAAAUCAGGGUUCCUGACCCUUAUAUUUUUUGUUCGAACAAAGAGUACUUGGACGGACAAAGAAUCUGGGACUUCGGCGAGACACCCUCUAAAAUCCGACAAAGAUGGGAUCAACAACUGAGGUUAUUGAUGAGCAACGUGAGCACGAGCCGAGGGUUGGGGUCGUGGGUGCUGAGGGGGAAAGGUGGUGAUGGGGAUGCCGAUGUUACAAAGAUGUACCAUCCACUUGAGCUGAGGUACUUUCUAUUGGGUACCCACUACCGUUCCCACUAUUCGUCCUAUCACUCGAACUAG